AUGUCUGAGCUAAGGAUUCGUUAUGGUGGUGGUAGAGACGGCUUGGGCAAUAUGAGAACUGGAGAAUCGUAUCGGGAUAAGCUGCAUGGGAAAUGUGUGUGCGAGUUGGGGAGUCGUCAUGGUGGCUGUGGCGUGGGCAAUGUGUGCGAGUUGGGGAGUCGUCAUGGUGGCUGUGGCGUGGGCAAUGUGUGCGAGUUGGGGAGUCGUCAUGGUGGCUGUGGCGUGGGCAAUGUGUGCGAGUUGGGGAGUCGUCAUGGUGGCUGUGGCGUGGGCAAUGUGUGCGAGUUGGGGAGUCGUCAUGGUGGCUGUGGCGUGGGCAAUGUGUGCGAGUUGGGGAGUCGUCAUGGUGGCUGUGGCGUGGGCAAUGUGUGCGAGUUGGGGAGUCGUCAUGGUGGCUGUGGCGUGGGCAAUGUGUGUGUGUGUGUGGGAGUCGUCAUGGUGGCUGUGGCGUGGGCAAUGUGUGUGUGGGAGUCGUCAUGGUGGCGGUGGCGUGGGCAAUGA